UCUUCGCUCCCCUCUACCUGCGACUCUGAAGGAAACAAAACCUGAGUGCAGGGCGGUACCCUGGUCAGUGCAUCUUCAGGAAAGCUCGUCGCAGGAUCACAAAAAUGCGUGUGAUUGCCGCCUUCAUCAUCGUCUUGGCCGUCGCCUCGACCAACAGCCAACGAAUCUCGACGAUCCAGUUGGACGGCACCCAGUAUUUCAUCUCGAGGCUGAACCCUUACGCUCCGGAGCUCAAUUAUUUCCUUGCUUAUCAGUACUGCCGCUCGCUGGGUCUGCAACUCACCUCGUUCGAGACAAAAGAAAAAGCCGACACGCUCACGCAGUACAUGAAGAAUGCCGGUCUCAACAAAUACGAGUUCUGGACUUCUGGCAACAAGUUAGGCACCUCGAUGCUCCUGUGGAUGAGCACCGGCCUGCCCUUCAACGCCACCUUCAACUACCUGAACCACGAGAGCCAAAUCGACCAGGCUGACCCUUCGAUCAACGCCGCCCGCCACCUUAGGGACGUGAGCGCCCUGGGCAAGAGCUGCGUGUCCCUGAGCGGCGCCAACCUCGAGUGGACCCUGAGCGACUGCGGCGCCGUCAAGGACUUCAUUUGCGAGCAGACCAGGUGUUACUACUACAACUACGGUUCCAUCCCCGUGUCCGCCACACAGGGCAAACCCAUCAUUUCCACCACCGUUUCCACCCUUCCUCCAAACAUCUACGACCGCCCCACCACCCCCUACCCGUACGUGCACAACAGCGUGGCCCCCGAAGACGACGAUCACAAACUGGAGGCUCUGACUGAGUUGGCCGCUGCUGAGGAACAAGAGGCUGAGGACUCCGAGCAGACCACCGACGAGACCACAGCCGACGGCGAGUACGACGUCAGCAGCGUCCACGAAGACGAGCACAUCGAGGCGUCGUCUCCGGAAGAAGAGACGGUCAGCUCACCCGAACACCAACAACAACCAAUGCAGCCCAAAAGACUUGAAGAUCUCUUCCCCCUAGAAAGAACCAGGCCCGUCAACUGGCAAAGGAACUAGCUUAGUCUCUUCUAAAUUCAAAAUAAUUUGUGCUCUAGGAAUCUCAUAUAUGUUUGAAAUGGUCGAUUAACUGCAUCAUUAGCUCUCAAAAUCAUCAAUUAAUUUAAGAAUAAAAGUGUUCUACUUAAUAUUUGC